AUGAACUAUUUCGUGCACUCAAUCAUGUACACGUACUAUGCUAUUGUGUCGACGGGUAUUCGACUUCCGAAGCGGUUUUCUAUGACUGUCACUGCCUUGCAAACAACCCAAAUGCUAAUUGGUGUCGUCAUCUCGGUCUAUGUACUACUUUUGAAGCUCAAUGGAGCGGUGUGCCAGCAGUCUUUCGACAAUCUUGCCAUUUGCUUCGCCAUAUACGCGUCUUUCCUCAUCUUGUUCUCGAAGUUCUUCAACACGGCAUAUCUAGUGAAGAAAGAGAAGAAGGUUGCAGUAAUAAAGCCAGCUGAAAAGACUGAUUAG